UCUAUCACUGUCAAAUUGCCUUGCGGUCGAAUUUCAAAAAAGUAAGGUUAUGUUAUUAUUUUCAUAACUACUAUUUCUUUAUUUGUAUAAAACUCUAUAAAAUAACAAGAGGUUACCACUAUGUUGUGUCCAGAAGUAUGGGAUUUUCCUCCGCCCAAAGUAAUGGUGACCCACCGUGAAAAUCAAGACUUAGAAUCAGUAAAUAAAACCGUAAAUAUGAAUAAUUACUACAAAAGUUUGGUUGUAACAUGCCCUGAUGAAAUACAGGCUCCAGGGUUCAUUCAAGACUUAAUCACAGAAGACACAGAUUACUAUAAACUAUCUGGUUGUUCACUGACAGAAUUUGUGGAACCAGUUUUCAUUGAAAGUUUUGUAAAAACCGGUAAAGUUUACUGUUUAUCAGUAGAUAGAAACUGUAUUAUAGAGAACUGCGCUGCUAUAACACCAGACGGACAUCUAGUACUACAUAUUGUUGACUACGUUUAUCAAACACUUGGAUUUGAAGGCACAAAGAGGCCACAUAACUUCUAUGAAGUGAAAAUAGACCUCAAAACAAUAAAAAACUAUUCCAAAGUGCGUACAGGGCUACAAAAACUAGAGCAGUUUGAUUUAAAUAUAACAUGGGAGCCCAAUAAUGAAAAUAUUUGCCCAUCGUCUAUAGCAAAAUACUUCAGCGACAGAGGAGUUAAUGUUUCAGUGCAUUCGCUGAAAACUAAAAGUAUAUUACCAACUGUGACCGAAAUACCAGUAGUAAAGGAUGUUGAUGCUGAUGAAAUGGUGGAAUGGAUUGGUCUACUAGCUCUUGGAGUUGACAUAACCCCAACAGACUCCUACAUCAGUAGUUACAGUCAACCAGAAAGUGAGAAUGCAUUGAGAACUGGAAGGAUAUCAAUUUUAACAGCUAAAGGGUUUAUAACUCCACCCCUUCUUAGUAAUAUUUGUAAGAGACUAUCAGAAUUUGUCCAAGCAAGAGAAACUGAGAACUACUGGGCGUCUAUAAGUAUACAAAGUGAUGAGAACUGUCUCUGGCAGUGGAAUCCUAGUAGCCAAGCUAUGUUCCAAGCUCAUAGUUCAUCUAGCACUGUGUUUUUUACUCAUGAUGGUCAUGUACUGUACUCAGUAGGUCAUUUAAAAUAUUCAUAGUAUAAAGUGGUUUUAUUUCACAAUCCUUGGGUUAUUUUUAGUAUCAGUAUUUGCAUCAAGCUCAUUAUUUCUUCCAUGAGGCAUAUUGAAAAAAAAAACAUAUUAUAUCUUACACCACACUAUAAACUACAAAUACAUAAUAGGCUAGUUUCCUAAAAAAUAAUAAUUAGUCCGUCUUGUAGAUUGUCCAAAAUUAAGCGAUACGUAUUUUUUCUUUUUUAAAUUGGAUCAGAACUUGUUAAGAUAUAGCGUGUUAAAGUUGAGUGUGACGUCACAAGUUGCUACAAUUUUCAGGACACUGUGACGUAAAAGGCCCCCACUCCUAAUUUUUGAAGCGUAUUAUCUUUGUCAUUUUAUGUUUAAUUAAAAAAAGAAAAAAUACGUAUCCAAUAUUUUUUGAUUAUCUAAAAAGCGGACUAAAUAUUAUUUCAUUAUUUCGACCCUGGACACUACCCUAUUAUGUGCACUGACCUAAAUGGUUAUCUUUGUUGGUGAUAAGGGAAAAACUAGAGUACUUAUAACUAAGUUUAAUCUCAAAUUAUCAUGAUUAUUGUCUUAUAUUACAUAAUAUAAUU